UUGGUGCGAUGUGGGUGUGGCAGGUUCUUUUCUUUUUUUUCGUUUCGGCUGUCUUUUCUUUCGUUUCGGUGCUUCGUGGUUCUGUCGGUGUUCUUCUCCUCCUCCUCCUGAUCCUACUCUUCUUCCGUCCUGGUGUUCCUGUUGUUCGUUGCUGCUGUUGCGUUCUGUGCGUGCUUUUCUUCUUUUUUGGCGUCUUCCAGCUGUUUUUUCUUUCGUUUCGGUGCUUCGUGGUUCUGUCGGUGCUCUUCUCCUCCUCCUCCUCCUGA